UCAUGUUGCACCUCAGUACUGUCGGGCGUUGUUUGUUUCUUGGUUUAUUUUAAGUUUCACUAAAAAUAAAGAUGUAGAACUCCAAUCAUGCUGUGCCUUGGUCCGUCUCUCUACACGAUCGUGACUCAUCCAUUUCCCUGAAUAUGGUCCAAGGAACACCUCAGUGUCAGUCAGUCCCUCUGGUGAAAUAGUGGAGGGCAGUUCAGUGACUCUGACCUGCAGCAGUGAUGCCAACCCACCUGUGGACAAAUACACCUGGUACAAGAAGAACGUAGCCUCACCAAAAGCAUCAGGACAGAGUUACAGCAUCACUAACAUCAUCUCUGAGGACAGAGGAGAAUAUUACUGUGAGGCCCAGAAUGGAAGAGGAUCUAUGAACUCUACAGCUCUGAUGAUCAUUGAAGCAGAGAAACAAACCUCAGUUCUAACUGCAGCUGUAGGAAUCAUAGUGGUUGUUCUGGGUGUCAUACUGGCUUCAUGUCUCUCUGGACUCAUGUGGUUCAGGAAGAAGGUCUCCAAAACCACCUCUGACACAAGACACACGGCAGGCAAUGGACAGGGAGACUCUAGUCCAGUGUAUGACAACAUCUCAGGCAUGGCCUUCACCCCUACUGCAGCACAGACAGCGGCCACCGUCGACCAAGAUGACAUUCACUUCGCCAGCGUCCACGUCUCUCACUCCAAAAACCAGGAAGUGCCUCUGUACUCCACCGUCCAACUGCUUCAACCCCAGAAACAGGAUGAGGAUGUCCAGUACGCUGCUGUGAAUUUCAACCUCCCCAGUGCUGCCACCUGGUCCACGGUGGAACAAGCAGCUGAGGAGGAUCCCUCUGUUCUCUACAGUACAGUCAACAAACCCAGAACCAAGAAGACCUGAACACAAUAAACCCAGAACCCAGAAGACCUGAACACAAUAAACCCAGAACCAAGAAGACCUGAUAAACCCAGAACCAAGAACUGAAAACAACA